GUACCAGGGGGUACCGCCCAACACUCCAACAACCGGCCUGUUCAUUCUGAUCCAACUUUGAAUAUAUCAGUUGACGGAACAUUGUUGAAACAGUUGGUUGGAAGCGGGAAACCAACUCGACCGCGUAUGUUUGUUUACAUUCGCGAUCAUUUCGAAUUUGUUCGCGCAAUUCAUGAUUUUAAAAGUUUGUUCGGGGACGGCCCUUACUGUGAGGUGCAGGAUGGAGAACAGGUGAAGGGAUUAAACCCUUACUUAAAAAUGAGCGGGAAGUUGCGGAGACUUUUACAGACGUUUUUUGUCGCUUUUCUAGCCGUUUACACCACGCUCCUUGCAUACCAAACAUUAUCCCGCGCAGGACCUUUUAACAAUGUGAUAUCGGAAAGUUCCAAAUUGUCUAAUGUUGAUUACCGUUAUCUCUCGGAGGAUCAAGUCGGAUCAGUCGUUACAGUUUCAGAACGAAAGCUAUUUACUACUAAUAUGGUAACUUCUGCAACUGCUACAAUCAGACCACCGACCACAACAUUAGACGACGUCUUCAUAAGCGUCAAGACGACAAAGUAUUAUCAUAAAAGCCGACUUAAUCUUAUUCUGAAAACGUGGUUUCAAUUGGCGAAAAAGCAGACGUGGUUCUUCACUGACACAGAUGAUCCAGAAUUCCAGAAAAGGACUGAUGGCCACAUGAUCAACACAAACUGCUCCUCAUCUCAUAAUCGCAAGGCGCUCUGCUGCAAGAUGUCCGUCGAAUUUGACACAUUCAUCAACAGCGACAAGAAGUGGUUUUGCCAUUUCGACGAUGACAAUUACGUCAAUGUUCCAAGGCUGGUUCGAUUUCUAGGGGAUUACAAUUCAAGAGAAGAUUGGUACUUGGGAAAGCCUAGUAUUCAAGCUCCUUUAGAAAUAAUCAGCAGGGAUAAAACCACGCAGAAAGUGAAGUUCUGGUUCGCCACGGGAGGUGCCGGAUUUUGCCUCAGCCGAGCCCUCGCGCUGAAGAUGGUGCCCAUCGCCAGUGGUGGGAAAUUUAUCGGGACUGGCGAGAAAAUAAGGUUACCGGACGACGUCACAAUGGGCUACAUAAUUGAGCAUUUAUUAAAGAAGCCUUUGACCGUGGUCGACCAAUUCCAUUCUCACUUGGAGCCAAUGAAGUUCAUCAGGAAGGAACUUCUGCAUGACCAGAUAUCCUUCAGCUAUUCGCGUAACAAGGACGAAUGGAAUGUGGUCAAAGUGGAGGGCUUAGAUGUAAAACACGAUCCGUACAGGUUUUUAUCACUACACUGUCAUUUGUUUCCGCAUUAUUCUUUUUGUCCGCGAUGAUCACACAACAGGGCAAAUUAAAUUUACGUAACGUAUGUACAUUGUAAGUAUACAAUAGCAAAGUCUGUGAUUUUUAAUGUAAGGCUAAGAAUAUUGUAAAAUGUAAUUAACUGUGAUGAAAAAUUGUAAAUUUUCGUUUCUGUAUAUUACUCUCCUCAUCAUUUUCUUUCGUAAUGAUUAGAUUUAAUUUAGUUUGUUUUUCUAUUUGAUUUUGUAAUAAAAAGCUAGUCUUUUGUAAAAAUGCAAAACAAACAACCAAGAAUCCAACAUAUUCUUUUUGUAAAUUGUUAGUCUUUAAUUAAUUUAUAACUGUUUGAAAUGUAUGUAAAUGUUUAUUAUCACACUUUUUUUAACCAUUGUAAAAUGAAGAUUAGAUUAGGUGCAAUAAUUAGUGUAAUUAUAUUGUAAAUAAUUGUUCACGUUUAUAAAAAUGCUGCUCAAAACACAAAUUAAUAAA